UUUUAUAAACAUAAUUUAAUUUAAAACCAUAUAUUUUUCAUAUCUUUAUUAGGUUUACGCUAGUUCGCGAUUUGUUCUUUCCGCGUAUCUUUCUUCCAGGACCAUGUUGUUCUUGAUUGUCAACUCCGACCUACGUCGCCACGCCACCAGUUGUGCUGAUGAUGUACCCACCAAUGGGGAUAUCCGACGUCGGCAUUCUUGAGCUCCUCGAUUCUGAUCCUCGCCCGUCCUUUGUCGUUUCUCUCGCCUCGACCCAAAUUCCUCCGUCCAUAUAUGCGAACCCCGCCCUCCGGCAAGACGUCGUCCUAUGUAACCGAAUCGUUGACCUAUUGCAGUCGAGCCAUGGUCCCGUAUGGGAUUGGAUCAAUGGUUUAUGCGUACCUGGUCCUUCGACCUCGAUCGAUACCUCCGUCUUUGAGAACACUUGUUGGACAAGGUCCGUAGUACGGAAUGAGUGGGUUAUCAUUAGCAGCAACCGGCAGUUACUCUCCGGAGACUCCCUACGCGCACCAUCCUCUCAUCGUCGGGUCAAUAGUAAUACCUUUCUGCAUGAGCCUGUCGCGUCUAGAACUUCGACCGAUGGCGAUCACCAUUGGUUACCCCCCGACUUCAUGCCCGAUCAGGGGUCUUUUGUCCAUGUAAUCAAUAAUGUCGAUUGGGCGGCCACACCUCUUGGCCAAUUACAUCAUUGGCCAGCCCUUCUCCAACAAACCUUCAACCAGGUUCUCGCUGACUCGAGACCCAUUGUUAUAUAUUGGGGCGAGCAGUUGACAACUCUUUACAACGAAGCCUUCAGUAAGCUGUGUGGUUCGAAGCACCCUGCUCUAUUAGGGAAAUCAGUGGAAAAUGCCUGGCCCGAUUUCUGUGAGAAGAUUAAAUUGGCGAUGUCAACUGCCAACUCGAAGCACCGCGCGAGUGAUGAGGAGGAAUGGCGUUUCUUCGUUGAAAAGGCUGAUGGGAGCCCUGAAGAGAAGUAUCUAAAGUGGUCCAUGAUCCCCAUAACAGAGAGGAACAGGUGCCUUGGCUUUAUCCAACCCAUCCAGGAUACUACUUCCAUGCGCCUUUGGGAGAGGCGCACCAAGAUGCUCAUCGAUCUAGGUGACAUGUUAGUGACCGCGCGUGAUGUCAGGUCGUAUUGGGCUUUGCUUAUUCAAGAACUUGACGCGUGUCAACCGACGUACGAUAUCCCACUCGCAAUUCUAUACUCGGUCGAGGAAGACCUUCAAACUUCGGCGGCCGGAAAAGCUUGUCGUCUUGAGGGUUGCUUGGGUGUCCCUGAUGGCCACCUAAUCGCUCCAUCAGAGCUGAGACUCCACGGGAAUGACCAAGGUUUGUCCUCGUCCUUCAGGGAAGCGCUCGAGUCCCAAAAUCCCCUGCUCCUCCAAAUUAAAGAUGGGACACUGCCCGAAUCGCUGCUCGAUGGUCUCGACUGGCGCGGCUUCAAGGAUCCUUGUCGAGAAGCUGUUAUCUGUCCCAUACGCCCAACGAAGGAUGAGAACGUACUAGGAUUGCUAUUGUUGGGCCUUAAUCCACGUCGGCCUUAUGAUAACGACUACAGACAGUACAUCUCCUUACUUGGACAGAAACUGACUACGACCUUGGCCUCAACCGUUCUUCUCGAAGAAGAAGCAAGAAGGGGCCGCAACAUUGCUGAGCAGGCCGCUUAUGAUCAGGCGAUGUUGAAAGAAAAACUCGCAAUGCAGACAAGAGAAGCCACAGAAUCCGUACAAAAGUUCCAGCAGAUUGCUGAAUUCAUCCCAGUCGGCAUGUGUUUUGGUAAUCAUCGCGGAAAUGUCACAUUUGCAAACGAUGCCUGGCACCGCAUUACGGGCGCCCCCCAUACACAGGAUACAAUUGACAACCUUAAUAAGGUAAACCCUCUUACCUCGGAGGGAUUUCUAUCCUGCGUCAUCGAAGAGGAUAAGCCGAAUGUACGGCGUGCCUACGAGGAGCUCGAGAGGGUGCUUACUGUUACUAUUGAGUUCCGGGUUCGACGGCCACCGGAGGAUACCUAUCACCUUCAGUAUCCAAUUGGGAGUUCUCCUAGUUUCGAGAAAGCUGGGCUAGACUUAGAUGCGGAUGAUGGAGGUGUGCGACACGUGUUGGCCUCCCUGAAGGCUGAGCGGGGACCAGAUGGUGGCAUCAACCAAGUUCUGGCAUGCUUAACGGACGUGACUCUGCAUAAAAAGGCUGCCGAGGAGGCAAUCCGGAAAGCCCAGCAAGCGGAGAACCUCAAACGGAUGGCGGAGCUUGCGACGGUGGGUAUGUACGAUAUGACUCUGGACGGCCGUUUACUCGGCGCCAACAACGUGUUCUACGAAAUGUGUGGCUUAGAGAGGGCGGAUCUCUCCCAGGUUGCGGUCAAGCCUUUCGAGUUCUGCGUUGUCGACGAGGAUCUACCGGUUCUAAAGAAGACGUUGUCUACACUGGUCAAAGAAGGCAAAUCCCAAACUGCGGAACUCCGACUGAAAACUCAGUGGACCGAAACGGAUACUACCGGAGAGCAAAUCGUUGCGCCCCGCUGGGUUCUUGCUACCUUCAUGCCUGUAAAUAAUUCCGAAGGGACCAUCCAGACCUUCACAGGUUGCCUCAGCGAUGUCUCGCUACAAAAGUGGCAGUUCGAAAAGGAACGACAACGGAAAGAUGAGGCUAUCGAAUCCAAGCGCCAGCAAGAAAAUUUUAUCGAUAUGACUUCUCACGAAAUGCGAAAUCCUCUAAGUGCUAUUAUCCAAUGCGCCGAUGCGGUUAUUGGAUGCCUCACUAAAGCGCAAGAAUUGGUGGAUGGGCAGUUCGCGGGACCUAGCAGCAACGGCCUUUCAAGUUCCCCAACUGCUGAUACUGCGAGGACGUUCUACCAGGAAGCUGUCCAGCUUUGUAAAGACAGCAUAGACAACGCGGAGACGAUUAUAGCAUGUGCUCAGCACCAAAAGCGUAUUGUUGACGACAUCUUGACAAUGUCUAAAUUGGAUUCUAGUCUCCUAUCUAUCACCCCGAUUACGGUCAAUCCUAUUCAUAUCGCACAAGAGGCGUUUAAGAUGUUCGAAGUGGAAGCUCGCAGAGUUGAUAUCGAUCUAACCAUGGUGGUCGAUCGAUCUUACACUGAACUGAAUAUCGAGUUCCUCGAUUUGGAUCCCUCGCGGCUGAAACAAGUCCUUAUCAACCUCUUAACCAACGCCUUGAAGUUCACAAAGAAUGGGCCUACAAGGAAUGUGUCAAUUACCAUGAGCGCUUCGAAAACUCGCCCCGAAGAUCAUAUUUCUCCUGUUCAGUUUAUCCCACGAUCUACUGACCUAGUGUGGCAAGGCGAUAGACCAUCUCUGCCGGUACCUGAAGAGAAUAGGAUCUACCUCAUGUUUGAAGUAAAAGACACGGGCCAAGGCCUCACCGAGGAGGAAAAGUCAUCUCUUUUCCAACGCUUUGUUCAAGCUAAUUCCAAAACCCAUGUGAAAUACGGGGGAUCGGGUCUCGGGCUGUUCAUCAGCCGCAGGUUGACAGAAAUGCAGAAUGGCGCCAUUGGAGUAGCGUCCAGCCCCGGCCAGGGCUCGACUUUUGCAUUCUACAUCGAGGCGGGGGUGCCGAGCGAGGAGGCGUUUCAGGAGGCUCGUGCGGCUGCCGAGGCCGUCGGCCAUAUCCUGAAAACACCGAGCAAGGCCAGCAGAGGCUCUUUUACCAUGGUGAAGCCCACUAAUAAGAUACUCGGGCCGCAUAUUGAAGGGGUACUCCUAGUCGAAGAUAAUCUGAUCAACCAGCAGAUCACGCGCCGUGAUCUGCUUACCAGUGGCUGCGCCGUCGAGGUAGCCAAUCAUGGAUUGGAAGCACUAGAAAAGCUUCAGCAUACCAAUCGCGCCGGUGGGCAAUUCCCACUCAGUUUAAUUCUGAUGGAUAUUGAGAUGCCAGUACAGGAUGGCCUCACUUGUACGCGCAAGAUUAGGGAGUUGGAACAGUCUGGCCAUUUCAAGGGGCCGCGAAUACCAAUUAUCGCGGUCAGCGCUAACGCGCGCAUGGAGCAGAUCAUGGAAGCCAAGUCUGCGGGCUGUGACGACGUACUAGUGAAGCCAUUUAGGAUUCCCGAGUUGAUCGAGAAGAUGAUGACUGUCACAAAAUUACUCGAGAGAGUUGGGUGACAGCAAACAAGACAUAGUACGUUGAUGUUGCUUCCAUGUCCCUUUCCUCAAACAUACCUCCCUUUCUUCGUUCUUCCCGGAGUUACGAAUGUUUCUUCCUUCCCUUAUACUGUUUUGUGUUGAUUUGUUUGCAUUUGCCAUUGUACGGGUAGCGUUAGCAUGAUACCACAGGAGUAAUAGCGAUUUUUGAAAAGGGCAUAGGUUCGGAGUUAUUUUUAGAGCUACUUUGUCCAAGGGCAUAUAGUAUUUGCGGCUACUAGUUAUCCUGUACUAUAGAUAAUUGCUGCUCAUCGUAUAUUGUUCGAUUUAUUCCAAACAACCCUGAUUUCCAGCCCGGAACUGUUGUGACGGCUCGUGGACAGUGCAGCGGUAGGCAAUGGUGGCCCUGAGUGACGAGCUCUUCAUUCCAUAGUAGAGAAUAAUGUACACCAGGCGCCACAUUAGCAUGAUUAAGUCGUUGUCCUCACACUUGUGAAAUAACCCACGUCAAACCACCAUAGAAGAGCUAUUAUAUAUAUACCCAAGUAACGCAG